AUGAUGGGUAAAACCAGGAAAGUUUCCAAGGGUAGCUCGAUUGGUUUUGUGCCAGAUUAUCGGCAUGCAUUGGAAACAGUUGCUGAGUCAGAAGGUUUUGUCAGCUCGGGCCGGGCUGAUAUAGACAUGGGUGCUUCCCAGGACCCCUGUGCUCCAAAUAGGAAGUGCAUCAGCUUGAACGUGGAUGGUUUUGAUAGGUCAAUUGUGCCAACUCAGCAUCUUUCUCUGUCUAUGAUGUCACCUUUCGAGAGGAGGGAUUUACAGAUCAGGUUGAAGUCUGAGCUUGAUAAAGUGUUAAAGCUUCAGAGAAAAUUAGCUUCUUUCAGUUCAAACGUUGCAGCCCGUCCACCGGCUGCUGUUGUUGAUGCUUAUGAUCAUGGGCCGAAUGGACAUGUUAUGGCAGAAACCUUGCCCCUGUCUACGAAGAAGAAGAAAGUCCCUCCUGGAAGAAAUGGGCCCCGCACUAAAGGCGGGCCAAAUAACAGAAACGAACUCGUGAAGCAGCAGGGUCAUCCAAAGAAUACCAGCUUUGUCAUGUUGAUGAAGCAGUGUGAUGCACUGUUAACUCGACUAAUGGGGCAUCAACAAGCUUGGAUUUUUAACGAGCCAGUUGACAUUGUAAAACAUAAUAUUCCGGAUUACUUCAAUGUUAUUAAGCAUCCGAUGGACUUAGGGACUGUGAAGAGUAAGCUACAUUCAAAUCAGUAUAGCAACCCAAUGGAUUUUGCUGCCGAUGUUAGACUCACAUUCAGAAAUGCGAUGACUUAUAACCCAGUUGGACAUACUGUCCAUAUUAUGGCUGAUGCAAUGAGUAAAUUCUUCGAAACGAGAUGGAAACCGAUUGAGAAGAAGAUUUCGUCCCGAGUGGACGAAUCAACAAUUACAAAAUCAAGUGGCGUUAUGGAAACUGAGAGUGCUUAUUUGCAUCCAGCUAAGAAGCAGAAAACUACUUCUGUGGAAAACAAUGUCAGGCAUGAGAUAGAAAAGCGGGUGAUGGGUGAAGGUGAGAGACAGAAACUAGGUAUGGACCUGGAGGAGUAUCUGGCUGAAUUGCCAGAUAACAUAGUCAGUUUUUUGAAAGAGAGCACCUUCAAUAGUAGUCAAGUGAGUGAGGAUGAGAUUGAAAUUGAGCUGGAUACUCUAAGCGAUGAAAUUCUUUUCAAAUUGCGGAAACUGUUGGAUGAUUUUCUUAUGGAGAGGCAGAAAAAACAAAUAAACCUGGAGACCUGUAAAAUUGAGAUGCAAAAGGAAUCAGGGUUUGAUGGAUCAUCUAGCCAGCCUGGAAAAGAUGAGCCUCUGGAUGAUGUGGAUAUUGGAAUAAAUGGCGCACCACCUGCAUCCAGUUCCCCCUUAAUUAAACCUCAUGAGGAUGCUGCGAGGAGGAACAAUAAAUGUAGUAGUUCAAUGGGCUCUGGUAGUGAGUCGGGAUCCUCGUCCUCUGAUACAGAAUCCGAGAGUUCUGCAUGUGAUAUAGAUGAUGACAAGAAGUCUGUUCUUGCUAGUUCUGCAACUGGAAUUGCAGAUGCUGUAGUAAAGCAGGAUCAACUAAGGGAGGACCCAAACAGUGGAGAUUCCUUGAACGGAAAUGCUGAUGAGCAAAAUACAGCAUCAAACCCUUCUACGUCUAUUGAGCCACAUUGUCACCGAGAGGGGGAGAGUGCUCCACAUGAAAGGCAAGGAGAAAAACCUGAUCCCGAGAAACUGAAGCUCGACAAAGAAGAGGUUGAAAGGCGGAGGAAAGAAGAGAAAGCUCGAUUGCAAGCUGAGGCGAAAGCUGCUGAAGAGGCUAGGAAAAAGGCUGAGGCGGAAGCUGCUGCAGAAGCCAAAAGGAAAAGAGAACUUGAGAGGGAAGCUGCACGUCAAGCUCUGCUUAAGAUGGAGAAGACCGUUGAAAUCAAUGAAAGCAGCCAAUUUAUGGAAGAUCUGGAGAUGCUAAGGUCUACACAAGAUGAGCCAUUGCAAAGCUUAAUAGAGGCCGCAAGCCCUGAAAAUUCUCAAAAUGUUCUUGGUAGUUUUAAGUUUCAAGCAAGCAGUAAUCCACUUGAGCAGCUUGGUUUGUAUAUGAAGAACGAUGAUGAUGAGGAAGAAGAAAUCGAACCUCAGAGCAAGCUGGAUGCUUCAAAUGAUCCGGAGGAAGGAGAGAUUGAUUGA